AUGAGUGAUCUGUCCGUACAGUUGACAGCCCCGAAUGGGCGUACAUACGCUCAGCCGGUUGGUCUGUUCAUCAACAACGAAUUUGUCGCUUCUAGGUCCGGGGAGAAGUUCGCUACCAUCAACCCUUCCAAUGAAGCGGAAAUCACUUCCGUCUAUGCUGCGGGUGAAGAAGAUGUGGACAUUGCUGUGAAGGCUGCCCGGAAAGCCCUCAACCACGCCUCAUGGAAGUUGUUGCCUCCGACUGAACGAGGCACCCUGAUGCUGAAGCUGGCCGACCUGGUCGAGCAGCACAAGGAGACGCUGGCCACUAUUGAGACGUGGGACAAUGGAAAGCCAUACUCGGUUUCGCUGAACGAUGACCUGGGAGAGGUUGUCGGCUGUCUCCGGUACUAUGCUGGAUACGCCGACAAGGUCCAUGGUCAGACGAUUAGUACCACUCCGGCUAAGUUUGCCUAUACUCUCCGUCAGCCAAUUGGUGUCGUAGGCCAGAUUAUCCCCUGGAACUUCCCUCUCGCUAUGGCUGCCUGGAAGUUGGGUCCUGCCUUGGCCUGUGGAAACACCGUGGUUCUGAAGCCGGCUGAGCAGACCCCGCUCAGUGUUCUCUAUCUGGCCAACCUCAUCAAGGAGGCCGGUUUCCCGCCAGGUGUUGUCAACAUCUUAAACGGCUUUGGACGCGUAGCCGGAAGUGCGCUCGUGUCCCACCCCGGGGUGGACAAGGUUGCCUUCACUGGUUCGACGUUGACUGGCCGUGAAGUCAUGAAGUUGGCUGCAGGCACCCUGAAGAACAUUACGCUCGAGACAGGUGGCAAGUCGCCCCUGGUUGUCUUCAGCGAUGCCGAUCUCGACCAGGCCGCCAAGUGGGCGCAUGCGGGCAUCAUGUACAACCAAGGACAGGUUUGCACCGCCACCUCUCGUAUCCUGGUGCAUGAGUCCGUCUAUGACAAGUUCGUGGCCCUCUUCAAGGAAGCCGUGGCCAACACCAGCAAGGUGGGCGACCCCUUUGCCGACGACACCUUCCAGGGUCCCCAGGUCACCAAGGCCCAGUACGACCGCGUGCUCUCUUAUAUCGAAGCUGGCAAGUCCGAAGGAGCGACCCUGGUGGCCGGUGGCGAGCCGUUCAAGAACGUCGGUGACGGCAAGGGUUUCUUUAUUGCGCCCACUAUCUUCACCGACGUCAAGGACAACAUGCGUAUCUACCGGGAGGAGGUUUUCGGACCGUUUGUUGUAAUCUCCAGCUUCUCGGAGGAGGACGAGGCUGUCAGACGGGCCAACGAUACGACCUAUGGACUGGGCGCUGCCCUGUUCACCAAGGACAUUGAGCGUGCGCACCGGGUUGCGUCGGAGAUCGAAGCGGGCAUGGUCUGGAUCAACAGCAGCAACGACAGCGAUAUCCGGGUGCCUUUCGGUGGUGUGAAGCAGAGUGGAAUUGGGCGCGAACUUGGCGAGGCCGGUCUGGAGGCCUACUCACAGGUCAAAGCGGUCCAUGUCAACCUGGGAACGAAGCUGUAG